AUGCCACCUUCCGCUGCUUGGUACGGUAGACUGUUGGCUUCUCAAAUGAGGACAAUGCCACCUUUACCUAACGCUGAUUUGUCAGGCAAAACAUUCAUUGUCACUGGAGCCAAUAGUGGUAUUGGUCUUGAGGUCGCCAAACACUUAGCUUCGCGGAAAGCCAAUAUCAUUCUGGGUAUUCGUAAUUUGAAAGCAGGGGAGGAAGUCAAGAAAGACUUGAUGAAACUAUCACUGGAUCAAGCUAUUGAUGUACAAAUUUGGCCGAUCGAUUUCCUGGAUUUCGAUAGUAUCGCUCGAUUUGCCAGGAAAUGUAAGGAGGAAACAGUCACAGGUGGAUUACGAUUGAAUGGAGUAGUGUUUAGUGCGGGUUUAUAUGGUCUUGGAUGGGAUCAAACCCCUGAUGGAUAUGAAAAAGUAACCAAAGUGAACCUUGUAUCUACUAUCUUACUGGCAAGACUUGUCAUACCGUUGAUGCACGACUGUACCGAGUUUAAAGCUCGGAUGGUCUUUGUCGGUACAGCUUUGGCUGAAACUACUAUGGUUGAAAAAUUCGAUUUAGACAAUCCAAUCGCACAACUGAAUGACGAUAAGCGAUAUCCAGGAUAUGAAGAGAGGUAUAAUCAGACAAAGACUGCUUUACAUACUCAAAUCUGUCAAUUAAUGACUCGGCAUCCAGAUAUUGCUUUCGUGGAUGCAGCUCCAGGUUUGACUAAUUCCCCUUUCUUCAAAUAUCACGGGUUGGCCGUUAGAACGAUGGCCAAGAUCAUCGGACGCGAAACGGAAAAGGCAGCAAGGAACAUAUCUUUACCCGUACUUGAACUAACGCAAUCCACUGAAUAUCAUAACGAUUGCAAACCAUCCAGGUUUGACCUUCCUUGCUUGGACGCACCCAAAGGCAAGAAAUAUGCAGAAAACGUAUGGAACGACAUUGACCAAGUUUAUGCGCGGUACGAGAUCUAA